GUUGGGUGAUUUAAAGAGGUGCUUCUUCCCACUGAGAAGGUCAUUUGAAACAAAACAUGCCAACAUGGCCGUGCAAGAUGGUUCACCCUGAAAGCAGAUCGCAUGAUGCUAAAAGAAGCACACACAAAAAAAGUGUCUCAAUAGCAGGUUCUAUAGCAACAGAUGAUAUGAAAGUAUAUAUCUCUACAAUCAGAAGUUGAUGGAAGAUAUUUAACUUUCAUGGGAGUUGUGCAGGGAGAAAACAUUUGAUCUCUUAAAGAAAAAAAAAACAUGGAUUCCACACAGUUUGUCAGAGAGAAUAUAGACAAAAUAUCUGAACUUGUGGAAUAAAUUCAUUUGGACAAACAAGCCUAAGUCCGGACAAAAGAACAAAGGACAAAUUCAGUAUUUCAGAGAACGACCCAGACACAGACCAGCUGACCUCACAACCAAAAGCAGAGCAUUGAUUUCAGUGUCUGGAUAGUGAAUUCACAAUCAGGCAUUUUUGCGUGUUCGGAAAGAAAAAAGCAAACUUUCCGAACUGGAAAAGGAAAAGUGGAAGACAGUCAGUCAGACUUCAAGCAACUAUUUGAGAAAUUCUCAGACAUGCUGAAGAUGAUUCUUCUAUUCAUAUCGGACUCUCAUGCCCAGAAGACUCCAUUAUGUCCUUGUAAAUGUUAGUUUUGCUUAGUGGUCAUGAUUGCAGGGCUCUUGUUCCUGUUCUGGAAAACUGCCUUGCUACAAGAUUAGUUACUCAGGGGAAGUCCUGUCCUUUCACAGCCAUGGAGGGCCUUGAGCAGCUUGAUGUGGUGGGUGACAUCAGCCCAGCUCUGGAAGCAACCGAGGACUUCAUCCACUCCAUGGCUGGGAUCCAGAGUCAAGGCCCGAGCCUCGCUCAAUCAAGCAACCGCCAGCCCGCCAGGGCGCCCAAGCAGCUGCAAGAUGUGUCCAGCUCCGCGCUGGGCAAGCUGAGCUCCAGCGGCGUGUGGAACCUGCUGGCCGGAGAGCAGCCGGAGGUGGGGCCCCUCGGGUUGGCCUGGGCCGACAACUUCAGCGUUCUGGGCCUGGGGAUGGGUUUGAGGCACGGGAAGAGGAGCCGGGCGCGCUCCACCAACGACCUGGUGGCCCACAUGCAGGAGUGCGCCAACAACGCCGGAAACACCUCGUCGAAGUCGGUGUUUAAGAAAGGACACAAUCGGUCCAGGUCAGACGUCAACUACCGUCCGUCUGCGUACACGGACAAUGGGCUGCCCGCGGUGGACUGCGACACGCUGAAGAACAUGAUCUUCAACCAGCAGCAGGACGUUGACAAGAGCAGCAGCAGCAGCAGCAGCGUUGUGAAGCAGGGUGAGAUGGAGCAACGUGAGGGCCCACGGGGCCGUUGGACAUCCUGCUACGUUGAGCUGACUCCCUGUGAGCUGCGGCUCUAUACUCUGGACAGCAGUGCCAAUCGCCAACUGGGCACUGCCUACUCUCUGUCGCACUGCCAGAGCGUCAUCGCCCCGGCACCCUGCAGCCAGUCCAGUCAGAUGAGCCAGCCUGGCGACAAGCGCACACUCCAGGCCUUGUUCUUCAACAGCACACGUCUCCAACUGAGGGCAGCCAACCAGUGGGAAGCGAUGGAGUGGCGGCGGCUGAUGUGGGAGAAGGUUCAGGCAGCGAGGCCCGCGAGGCAGGACAACCGCAAGCAUAAGAACAGCGUGGAAAUUCAGCAGAAGUUUCCUGUACCGAUGUCGCCUUCCUCGUCGCCCUCUCCCUCUUGGCUCGACACCCGACCUGACGGGGAUGGCGACACCCCAACUUCAUCUGAGGCGUCGCUUUCUGUGAACUCCGGAGUGUUGAGUCGGCCAACCACCCUCCCUCUGUUCAACCAGCGCUUUCAGGAUGUGCUGAAAGCUGGACUUCUCCAUCUGCUGAUGGAUCAGAACAACUGGCGGGCCUUCACUUUCGUCUUGACGAGAUCUGCUCUCCAAGCUUUUCCGACUGAAGGCAGGGGGUCUGUGUCCCAACCGGUCCUCCAAUUCUCCCUCGCUUCUUGCUCGUCAGUACAGCAGGAUCUUGUACCAGAGACCGGAGACUCAUGGGCGGAUAAAGGGCAGUGUUUCCAGGCCACUUUCCCCAAAGAGAUGCUCAAGCUCAAGGCGGAUGAUCACCUGAAAGCCCAGGAAUGGGUGGAGGCGCUGCGGCAGGCAGUGGACGCGCAGAAGCCCAUGCAGGAAGACAAGAGAGAAUCAGACGGAUCUCCUGGUCUCCAAGGAGUGUUACUGAGGCCCAAACCAUCAAGGGACAGGAAGCAGAGGGAAGCCCAGAGAGCCAAGCGGCAGUCCGUCACCACCAGUUUCCUCAGUAUUCUCACCUGCCUGGCUGUGGAGAAGGGGCUCACCGCUCAGAGCUUUAGAUGUGCAGGGUGUCAGCGUCCGGUCGGCCUGUCCAAAGAAAAGGCAAAAGUUUGUUACUACAGCGGCUGGUACUACUGCCAGAGCUGCCAUCAGGAUAACUCCUUCCUCAUCCCUGCGCGGCUGCUGCACAACUGGGACACCAGUAAACACAAGGUGUCCAAACAGGCCAAGGAGUUCCUGGAGUUUGUGUACGAGGAGCCGUUGCUGGACAUCCAGCAGCUCAACCCCUGCCUGUACGAACACUGUGAAGCGUUGAGCUCAGUGCUGCGCCUCCGUCAGCAGCUCCAGUCGCUCAGGGCCUACCUGUUCAGCUGCAGGGCGACGGUCGCCGAAGACCUGAGACGACGGAUUUUUCCCAGGGAAUACCUUCUGCAGCACAUUCACCUGUACUCUCUGGCUGACCUGCAGCAGGUGAUCGACGGGAAACUGUCCCCCUUCCUGUCCAAGGUGAUCAAAUUCGCCAGCUCCCACGUGUUCGGCUGCAGCCUGUGUCGAGAGAAGGGCUUCAUCUGCGAGCUGUGCCAGAACGGACAGGUCAUCUACCCCUUUCAGGAGAACGUCACGCGAAGGUGCGACGGCUGCGGCGCCGUUUUCCACGCGGAGUGUCGACAGAAAGCCCAGCCGUGUCCCCGCUGCGUCCGCAGAGAGCUCCACCACAAGCGGCCGUCGUCCUUCUGGUCGCCGGACGACGACAGCCCCGGCUGCUUCCACCUGCCGUACCAAGACACCUGAGGUCCGCCGCCGCGAGCGCAGAGGCCAGGAGCAAACGGGCCGGCAUGCAGCCGCCACACGGGACUAAGGGUCUGAGUUUUGGGGGGGGUUUUUUGUUUGUUUUUUUUUUCUACUCCUGCGCCUGCAGGUUGGAGCUCGCUGCAGCUUUUUGGCCACAGGACGAAUGCAGCCGCGGAGCUUCCUGCGUCGUUCUGUACGGAAGGAGGAAAGAACCGAAUGCUGCGUAAGGCUCUACAGGCCCGAGUUCUCGUCACCCUCUAGUCACGUCCGCCUUCGCUUACCUCCUGCUCCAGGUUGAACGCAACAAAUCGCAGCCGAUGACACCAGGAAGUGGAAGCACAGAAACCUGGCUGCUUGUCGUGACCUCUUAGAGGCCAAACUGUUAGUCAGCACACAGGACGACGAAGCAAAGCACAAAAUCUGCUGCUUUCCUUUUCCCGACAUGAGGAGCCUGCUGAUGCUUUUUGAUGUUUUUUUUUUUAUCCUGGAUUAAAAAAACAGAAAAAUUGAUUAAUCUAUGGUGGAUUAAAAAGAGAAACAACAUAUAUCUGCUCUUAAGUGCUAUAAGCCUACCGAGAAUAUUGUUACACUCUAAAUUAUUUCUAAUGUAGCCAUUAGAAAUCGCAUAGUGGGGGAAUUGUGUCUGUCUUGAAGCAAUACUCCAGUGUUUUUAGGGAUCAUGAAAGUUGACAGGCAGUAAUCUUCUUCCUCCUCCUCAUUCCUUGCAUUAAACGGGUCACAAGCCGUCCAGAAAAAGUAUGAAAUAAUGGUGUGGAAAAAAAUCUUUUUAGAGUUUAUCUUUUGAUUUGCCACGUCGGAACUUGUGUUUUUUGUCAAAUUGUGAGUUCAUUUUAUUUUAAAUAUCCCAUUUUCUUUUGUGAAUUACCAACAGGAUCCCGCAGAUAAACGCAGCUCAUUCAGAAAUGCAGAAUUUGUUCUCGCGGCCACGAGACGGCGCGAUCACGGCUCAAAACUGGUCCUACGGGGCCUUUAACUGGGAACGGUUUAGAAACAACCAUUAAAACCUCUUUGUUUCUUUGACAUUCAGCUUUAGCAAGUCUAAGU